CCUGGCGGCGGGCGGGGCGGAGCGGCGGAGCGCGGCCGGCGGUGCAGGGCCCGCCCCGGGGUCCGCCCCCAGCCGUCCCGUCGGGACAUCGGCGCGCGGCCCGCCGGGCGGUGAGGCUGCAGCUCGGCCACGGCGUCACAGGAUGUGUCCUGUACCUGGAGGUACUGCAAAUUAUUCCAGAAAACUGGCUUGAACGCAGCCAGGCUGCAGCCUGGGAAGAGCUUCACUCAGCUCUUGCCUUUCUCCGGGAAACAUCACAGAGGAACCUCACCGCCUCCGAGAGAGACCUCCCGAGGCAGUGCCCGCUUGCCGAGGAUGAGGGAGUAGGGGUGAUCCAGGCAAGUGAUUCUCAGCUGGUCAGUCAGGGAGGCCUUCCUGGAGGAGGUGAGUCUGAGCAGCGUGACAGCGAGUGACUAAGGCUGAGGCCAGCCAGGACAGAGCGUGCCGCUUCCAGGGUCGGACUCCCAGUCCUGCAGCAUGCGGCUGCUCCGCAGGCGCCACAUGCCACUGCGCCUGGCCGUGGCCGGCAGUGCCUUCCUGCUCUUCCUCUUCAUCAUGCAACGGGACGUGAGCAGCAGGGAGCAGGCCACCGAGAAGCCGUGGCUGAACUCACUGGUGGGCCAGAAGGGCCACGUGCUGGACCUCAUGCUGGGUGCCAUGAACAACCUCCGGGACUCCAUGCCCAAGCUGCAGAUCCGGGCUCCGGAGCCCCAGCAGACACAGGCCCCCGCCAACCGCUCCUGCCUGCCCGGCUUCUAUAGCCCUGCUGAACUGAAGCCCUUCUGGGAGCGGCCGCCGCAGGACCCCAAAAGCCCCGGGGCGGACGGAAAGGCGUUCCACAAGAGCGAGUGGACACCUCAGGAGAAGCAGGAGAAAGAGGAGGGCUACAAAAAGCACUGCUUCAAUGCCUUCGCCAGCGACCGCAUCUCCCUGCAGAGGGCCCUGGGCCCAGACACCCGGCCUCCAGAAUGUGUCGACCAGAAAUUCCGGCGCUGCCCACCCUUGCCCACCACGAGCGUCAUCAUCGUGUUCCACAACGAAGCGUGGUCCACACUACUGCGGACAGUGUACAGCGUGCUGCACACCGCCCCUGCCAUCUUGCUGCGGGAGAUCAUCCUGGUGGAUGAUGCCAGCACAGAAGAGUACUUGAAGGAGGAGCUGGAGCAGUACGUGAAGCAGCUGCAGGUGGUCCGUGUGGUACGGCAGCCGGAGCGCAAGGGGCUGAUCACAGCCCGGCUGCUGGGGGCCAGCGUGGCGCAGGCAGAGGUGCUCACCUUCCUGGAUGCCCACUGCGAGUGCUUCAACGGCUGGCUGGAGCCGCUCCUGGCUCGGAUCGCCGAGGACGAGACGGCAGUGGUGAGCCCGGACAUUGUCACCAUCGACCUCAACACCUUCGAGUUUGCCAAGCCCAUGCCGAGGGGCAGAGUCCACAGCCGUGGCAACUUUGACUGGAGCCUGACCUUCGGCUGGGAGGCCAUUCCGACCCACGAGAGGCAGCGGCGCAAGGAUGAGACCUACCCCAUCAAGUCGCCGACGUUUGCUGGUGGGCUCUUCUCCAUCUCCAAGUCCUACUUUGAGCACAUCGGUACCUACGAUAAUCAGAUGGAGAUCUGGGGAGGGGAGAACGUGGAAAUGUCCUUCCGAGUGUGGCAGUGUGGCGGCCAGCUGGAGAUCAUCCCGUGCUCCGUGGUGGGCCAUGUGUUCCGGACCAAGAGCCCCCACACCUUCCCCAAGGGCACCAACGUCAUCGCCCGCAACCAGGUGCGCCUGGCCGAGGUCUGGAUGGACAGCUACAAGAUGAUUUUCUACAGGAGGAACCAACAGGCUGCCAAGAUGGCCCAGGAGAAAUCCUUCGGGGACAUCUCGGAACGGCUGCGGCUCAGGGAGCAACUGCACUGUCGCAACUUCUCCUGGUUCCUGCACAAUGUCUACCCCGAGAUGUUUGUGCCGGAUCUGAACCCCACCUUCUAUGGAGCUAUCAAGAACCUCGGCCUUGGUCAGUGCCUGGACGUGGGUGAGAACAACCGUGGAGGGAAGCCCCUCAUCAUGUACCCGUGCCACGGCCUCGGUGGCAACCAGUACUUUGAGUACACUACACAGAAGGACCUGCGUCACAACAUCGCCAAGCAGCUGUGUCUACACGCCGGCACGGGCACCCUGGGCCUCAGGGGCUGCCACUUUACUGGCAAGAACAGCCAAGUUCCCAAGGAUGAGGAGUGGGAACUGACCCAGGAUCAGCUCAUCAGGAACUCGGCAUCUGGCACCUGCCUGACAUCCAGGGACAAGAAGCCAGCCAUGGCUCCCUGCAAUCCCACUGACCCCCACCAACUCUGGCUGUUUGUCUAGACCUCGGAUUGGCCCCAGUGGGGACUCCUGCACCCCAAACCCUGCGAGCCUCUCCAGAAAUAAGGGUGCUAUUAUUAUUGGUUGUGGAUGAAUUUCUCAACCCAGUCUUGGCAAGGCAGUACCUCCUGGUCCUUGCAACAAGCCUGGGCCUAUUUGCCCCUCUCCACCUCUGAGGGGGUAGGAGGCUUGACUGGACAACGCAGAAAGGGCAGCUGGGAGAGGGCUCAACUGACCUCAGAAUGGAUGCCUGCACGGCCGCACCCUCUAUCCCACUCACCUGCACCAGACAGCAGGGAGCCAGCAUGUUCAGCUAAGGUGGCCCAGCUCCUGGGACCUGAAGUCUACUGAACCAUGCAGACAGGGGGCAACCAUAUCCUCACUUGCAUGGUACACCUGUGAGAAAAUCAGGACAGGAUGCUGCCAGCCCAUUUCACAGAUAGGAAAGCUGAGGCUGAGUCUGAAGGACUGUGGGUUUGCGACCACAGCCAGCAGGGGAGCCGGGGCCUUUGGGUCUGGCUCUUUCUCGCGCACCACAAGAGAACUAGCCCACACGCCCGCUCCACCUGCCUUCC